AGACAACCAAUUCUGGUGAUGCUGGCAAAGUAUAUAUCCACAGUAUGCAACAACUGUUGAACCCCUUUGCUCAGAAGUAUCCAGAAAAUACCGAUACUGCCCUUCCCACCCAAGCCACCAGUGUUCGGUUCAACCGCUAUGGUCCGUAUGCUGGACAUUACCUCGCUUGUGGAUGUGGGGACGGCACGGUCGAGGUAUGGGAUAUGGAAACGAAAGGUGUUAUCAAGACGUUGGAGGGACAUGUGAAACCUGUUGGUGGUGUUGCUUGGUCACGGAAUAAUCGAUAUCUCCUCACAUCCUCUCUCGACUCAACAGCCAUCAUAUGGGACCUCUCUUUCCUCCCCAAUCCCCUUCUUCAACCUUACACCCCGUAUACCUCCGGGAAAACAGCCCCAAUCACCUCUUCCAACUCCUCUCAGCGUGUGAGAACAAUCCGAUUCGACGCCCCUGUCGCUCAAGCCGUGUUCCAUCCUCGGAAUAGCAAAAUCGUCUUAGCUUCCUUGACGUGCAAUGAGGUGGUAUUAGUCGAUCUGAGGUCAGGAGGGGGUAGGUGGAAAUUGUCCGAUGUGAUGGAAGGUGGAGGAGAAGGUGAGAUGGAGGUCGAUGGUGCGGAGGUAAAGGGGAAGAAAUCCGCUCUGACAUGUGCUGCUUGGUCACCUUGCGGAUCACGUAUCUACGCAGGGACCACAGGUGGUUUAUUAUUGGUCAUCGAUCCACUGUCGCGGUACGUCAUGAAUAGGAUUCGGGUUGCAAAUUCAGGAAUCAGGCAAUUAACAUUCGACGCAAUGGGCCGCAACAUCAUACUCUCUUCCACUGACCGAGCCCUCCGCACACUUUCUGUCGAUGCUCGGACCGGUGCCCUCGCCCCCGUUCAUAGAUUUCAAGAUUUGAUCAAUCGUACACCCUGGCAUGCUAUCGCUUUUUCUGGAGACGCCGAAUAUGUGAUGGGUGGUGCAGGACAUAAAAUGGCUCAUAAUGUUUUCAUAUGGGAUAGAGAUAGUGGAAGUUUGGUCAAAGUUCUCGAAGGUCCUCGUGAGCCUUUGGUAGAUUGUGAUUGGCAUCCCACUCGACCCGUCAUAGCUUCAGUUUCAACCCUCGGUGAAAUCCAUUUAUGGCAAACCUCGUCACCAGAUAAUUGGGCGGCUUUCGCACCUGGUUUCGAAGAGCUUGAAGAGAAUGUAGAAUAUGACGAACGUGAAGAUGAGUUUGAUAUUGAAGACGAAUCCGACUUAUUACGACGUAAAGAUGCAGAAGAAGACGUAGUCAUUGAUGUCCUCUCUCCAUCUGACGAUUAUCCCCGUAGACCUGAAAAUAUACCAACUUCCCGCUCACCUUCCCGAGCAGUCAAGACGGAACAGAUGGAGGAUGAAGGGGAAGACGAGAGGGAAGCGAUAAGAUUAGCUCAGGCGGUGAAAGAGUGGGCGGAUAACGAUCCGGAUGAUGAUACUUGGGAAGGGUUUCAUAUUAGUUUAGAUCUUUUGACAGAGACUGAGAUAACCGUCCUUUCCUCGUGA